GUCUGGAAGUUGAUUGUUCACCAUGGCAUCUCGUGCUGGUCCACGUGCAGCAGGAACAGAUGGCAGUGACUUCCACCAUAGAGAGAAAGUAGCUUCACACUAUCAGAUGAGUGUAACUCUGAAGUCUGAGAUUAAGAAGCUGAUAAUUGCUCACUUGGUAAUCUGGACACUGCUCGCUCUCCAGGUCAUUGUCAGUCACAUGAAAUUAGUGUCACAUGACCUGAUAGCUAUGCCAUACCAAUGGGAAUACCCGUACCUCCUGAGCAUCAUACCAUCUAUCUUCGGUUUUAUUGCUUUUCCUCGUAACAACAUCAGUUAUCUUGUGCUUUCCAUGAUCAGUGCAGGGCUCUUCUCCAUUGCCCCCCUCAUUUAUGGAACCAUGGAGAUGUUCCCCAUGGCACAGCAGCUAUACCGGCAUGGCAAGGCCUACCGCUUCAUCUUUGGCUUUUCUGCUGUAGCAGUCAUGUACUUGGUCUUGGUUAUUGCAGUGCAAGUGCAUGGCUGGCAGAUCUACUACAGCAAAAAAUUACUGGACUCUUGGUUUACCUCCACACAGGAAAAGAAGAAGAAAUAGUUUGCAGAAGAAAAUACCCUUUGGAUACUGAGAGCUGGUUGAUGAACAAUGAUGAAUUUAAUGGGACUGCAUCAGUCCAGUAAAAAUGAAAGUCUAGGGCUUAAAUACUGCAGAUUGUUUUGUGCAAGCUGUUUUUGUUUUUAUUACCAUCUUUCUACCCUACUGCAUUUGCUUCCACACAAAGAAAAACUGGCAGUGGUAAGUUCUUCCCCCAGGACAUUUGAUGUUAAUGUUACUCCACACUGUGGAUGCCUAUGUGCUUGAUGCUGCUUUAAAAAAAAUUAUGGUGCAGAGUCACUAAACUACUGGGAAAUGCAAAACUGGGAACUGUUUCCAAACACUGAACCUGAUCUAUCCAAAUCAAAGGUUUGAUUGUAUUCCCUGUUGAUACACCAUGAUUGGCAUAGCUUGUGAUUUUCAAGAGGAAAAACAAAUGGUUCAGUUCGUUUUAUGUACUGUGAAAUACUGCAGUAAGAUUAAACAUUUUUUACAUCAUUUGGUCUUGCUAACUUAACUAAACAUAAAGGUGUGUGGCUGGUAGACUGAACUGUUAUAUAACACUGGGACUUGUGCUACUAAGCCUCAUGCAGACUGUAUUUAAAUACAAUCAUGAUUGGGGAUAGAAUGUUGAGACCAACAAGAUUUCUUCAAUCCUUGAAGAUCAAGCCAUCUAUUUUAAUGUUUUACAUGAUAGCUUCCCAAGUUAAUUGAACUAUUUAAUUAAAAAUGCUUGUGCUAACACAGUUAAAAGGAGUAAUGGUAUAUGUCAACAAUUUCUUUAAAGACCAAAAUUUAACCUUUUUCUGACAGUUCCUUUGCAUACAGUUUUGAAGUUGUAUUAUACAACUCUCUGCAUUUUGGAUUUGGCUCCUGAUCAUUGUGCAGUCUGUUACUACUUUGCUAUAAUGUUGCACUUUACUAUAUUGCAUAUAAAACCAUCUGUAUAUUUUGGAUCUCAUGAUCUUAAAUGUAAAACAUACACUAACCAGUGUUUUUUUGCAUCUCCCUUUUUUAAAAAAAAUCAACGUUUUAAGCUCAGUACAGUUUUUUUCUUGUGCUUUCUUUAAAAUCACUGGUGUUGCAGAAAUUGGUUGGUUAUGUGUCCAUGUUAUUUACAAUAGGAAGGCAAAUCUUAAUAUAUGUAAUACAAGUGUGACAUUCUUUGGCCUCUGAGAACUGCAAAUGCUGUCAGCAUGCCUGCAAUGAUUUCAUAACACAAAUGGUUACACAAGAGUGAUAAUGCUGUACAAAAGUGAUCUUAACCCCGCUGGCAGUUUGUAAUCUGGCCUAACAAAUUGAGCUAUAUUUCUGCCCCAUAUUCAAUCAUAAACUCUUGGGAGAAACUUCCAAUUUAUUUAUGGAGAAAGCAAGAAGCUUGACAGUACAAAAACUGCUGUGAUGGAGGGUCAGAUAAUUGUGGGGAGCAUGUGCUGGGUUUUAAUCACUGCAGAUUUGGCUAUCUCAAAGAGGGCAUUAAGGCUAGGAACUUCACAUUGAUCUGGACGAAAAAUGAAAACCAUGAGAAUAUUGAACUUAAUUAAUUCUAAAUUAAGUAAAGUUUGUGUUUUAUUUCAAAUGGGAGUUCAAUUUUUAUUCUGAUUCUCACCAUUUCAUCUUUUGUUUGCCACAAUGACAAUAACUAGGUGCAAUACUUCAUUCAAUGUACUGUACUGGUGUAUCAUAAUUUCAGUGGGCUUUUGAUGUAAUUGUUGUAACUUGUCCAGUAUCCAUUUGCUAUGUAUUUUGUGCUUUGUGAAUAAAAUUGGGUCAUCUCACAGUAA